AUGUCUCAACAGCAGGGAAGCCAUCGUACCAGCAGCUCUUCGCUGUCUGCUAUGGUAUCGACGCUGGUACCAUGUUUUGUAGUCGCAGCUGUUCUCGUGGGAGCCUUCUUUCUGCUACGUGCGAAGCAGAAGCGUUUGUAUGCGCCACGAACAUAUCACGAUGCGCUGCUCGAAGAUGAAAAGACACCAUCAGCAGGCUCGAGUUUCUUUGGAUGGACUUCGAAGUUUAUGCAUCUCAGUGACGAAUACGUCCUCAACCACCACUCUCUUGAUGCCUACCUCUAUAUGCGCUUCCUCAAAGUACUCACACUGAUGGCAUUUGUCGGUGCCAUCAUCACGUGGCCAAUACUCUUCCCUGUAAACGCAACUGGUGGCGGCGGUCAGUCGGGCUUGGACAUUCUCAGCUUCUCGAACAUCGAAAACGAGGUGCGAUACUUUGCCCACGCGCUCAUGGCCUGGGUUUUCUUCGGAUGGGUCUUGUUCCUCAUUGGCAGAGAGAUGUUGUACCUUGUCAAGGUUCGACAGGCCUACCUCUUGUCCACCUGGAAUGCGAGUCGAAUCUCGCAACGAACAGUCUUGUUCACCGAUGUGCCAGAGAAGGACCUUUCGCUUGAGCGUCUUCACGCCAUGUUUCCGGAGGUGGCACAGAUUUGGCUGGUCCCAGAUGUGAAAGACCUAGAAGAUGAUGUUGAGGAGCUCGAGAAAACGGUACCCAAACUAGAGGCCAGCGAGAUUAAGUAUAUGGCAGCCGUCACCAAGCAACAGCAGAAAAAGAGCAACGAGAAGAACGAAGCCGACAAAGCAUUGCGACCCACACACCGCUUGAAGCCUUUGAUCGGGCACAAGGUCGAUUCUAUCGGCUACUACCGCAACCAGAUCAAGGAACUGUUGCCCAAGAUCCAGUCAGCACAACAGUCUCACCUCGCUGGCAAGGAGAAACUAGCCAGCGCCAUUUUCAUCGAGUUCAACACCAUGGCAGCUGCCGAAGCUGCCUUCAACGACAACCAGCACCGCAGACCGACCAGUUUCUCCUCUCGACAGAUGGGUGUCUUGCCGGACGAAGUCAUCUGGAAGAACCUCAACAUGGGGUCCAAAAACAGAAUGAUCCGACAUUUCCUUGCAACCAUUGCUAUCUCAGCCCUCAUCAUAUUCUGGGCCAUUCCUGUAGCAGUUGUUGGUAUCAUCAGCAACGUCAACUAUCUCACAGCGAAUGUGCCAUUCCUAGCCUGGAUCGAUUCUAUUCCGCCUGUUAUCCUUGGUGUGGUUACUGGACUUCUGCCAACUGUUCUACUUGCUGUGCUCAUGGCAUUGGUACCGAUCAUCUGUCGCUUUUUCGCAAAGCUUGCUGGCGCCACUACAGUCUCUGAAGUCGAACAGCAGUGCCAGACAUGGUACUUUGCUUUCCAGGUCAUCCAAGUUUUCCUCAUCACGACCUUUACCUCCAGCGCCUCAGCAGUGGCUAGCCAGAUCGUCAGCAACCCGUCAUCGGCUAUCACUCUGCUAUCGAAGAACCUUCCCAAGGCUUCCAACUUCUACAUCUCUUACUUCAUUCUCUAUGGACUUGCCAACGCCUCGCGAUAUCUCUUCAAUCUGAUGGGCUUGGUGGGUGUGUUCAUUCUGAGCAAGUUUGCAAAGACUCCAAGAAAGAAGUACAUGCGCUACGUAUCUUUUACUGAGCCGUCGUGGGGAGCGGAAUAUCCUAAAUGGACUAACUUGGGUGUCAUCGCCCUAUCAUACGCGUGUAUCGCGCCGCUCGUUUUGGGUUUUGCGACAAUUGGAAUCGGGUGCAUCUACCUUGCGUAUCGCUACAACAUGAUCUACGUUCACGACACCCAUAUCGACACCAAGGGUGGUUUCUACGCUCGCGCACUUGAGCAACUUAUGGUUGGUGUCUAUCUUGGAGAGCUUUGUCUUUUAGGUCUUUUCGGAAUCGGAAUCGGCAACAGCGUCGUUUCUGCUGGACCUACCGUGCUUCAGGUCGUGUUGAUCGUAGCGACCGUCAUCUUUCACAUCAUUAUGAAACGCAAGAUCAAGAAGAUGGAUCUGCUCGACGACUCCCACCAUCCUAGCCAGCGAAAUGAUGCCGAAGCCGGAAGAAACUCAGAGGGCAAUGGCAUGCAUCCUGGAUAUAGCAACGUCGGGCGCAAUGACAGUAGGCAAUCUGAAUCGGCACUUGUUUCCACCUUCAGCGACGAAGGCCGCCAACACGUCGGCGCCGAAGCCGUUGGCAUGGCACCUCCCUCCGGCGCACCACCGCAACGAUCCAUGCUCAAAAAGAUAUUCUCCCCUCACACUGCUUCUGCGAGCGAAAUCUCUUCUUCCCUAACUACGCGCUUCCGCCACCCUGUCCCAGCGUACACGAAACAAGACGUUCUUGAGGCUUACCUCCACCCUGCCCUGGCUCAACGCGAAGAAGUCAUCUGGCUAGCCAGAGAUCAGGCUGGCGUUAGCAAGAAUCAGGUUUCUGAGCUGACUGAAAGUCUGGGAAGCUACGGUGUUGAGGUUACGGAUGAGGGUGCGGUAAUGAAUGAGAAGGGUAAGGUUGAGUGGGAUGACAAUAGUGUGAGGCAGGCGCCUCUCUGGGACCACAAGGUUGUGUAUUGA